GCUCACGAGAACCGCUCUGCCGUUCGCCGUUCGCCGUUCGUCUUCUGCGUUGGCUUUUCGUUUCGCAGCCCCUCCCGUGUCGCUGCCCUCAUCCCUCACCCGCACCUCCAAUCUGCUUUCGUCAUGGACGCCUCGGACAUUCUUGUGGGCGUCGGCGGCCUCUUUUGGAUCGCCUGCUACAUCUGCAUCAUCUGGAUCAAUGCGAAGAGCCGCGCUACUUACUCGAUGCCCAUCGUGGCCCUCGGCCUCAACUUUGGUUGGGAACUCACCUACUCCGUUUUCGAUCUGCCACGAGUCAUUUCGUCCAAGUCAGUUGACCCUUCGUACAUCAUCAACUGGAUCUGGGUCGCUCUGGAUAUCGGCAUCGUCUACUUGACCAUACGCAACCUCAAAACCAGCGAAUCUCUAGAGUUCCAGUCGUCUUGGGUCCGCAAGCACAUCUACAAGACCUUCUUCGCCAUCUUUGUCCUGUCGCUGUCCAUGCACCUCGUUCUCAAGUCCGAUCUCGGCAGCCAAAAUGGUGCUGCCUAUUCGGCCUAUGGCAUCAAUGCGUACAUGUCCAUCGCCUUUGUGCUGAUGCUGCUCGAGCGUCGCUCCGUGCGUGGCCAGAACUGGUUCAUUGCCUGGUCAAAGUUCCUGGGCACCUUUCUCGCCUCCAUCGGCGCCUACAUCGGCGGCACCACGAGCGCCUCGAUGGUCUGGCUCUACAUUGUUUGCGCCGUGGUCGACGUCUUCUACGUGAUCUUGGUCCAUGUCUUCGCAUCCCCUCGCAUUAGCGAGAAGUACCGGGGCAUUCUCUAAACUUGCCUUGGCGAAGGAGCAUGCGCUGCCGGCAUGCCAGUUUCGCUUCCCUCGAUCGAUCCUGCAUGUUGCAAGCAGCCCACUCUCCGCCAUCGCCAUCGCCACCAUCAUCGUCACCGUCAUCGCCUCCGAUGCCCUCUCAACUCAUUCGUUACUCCGCGAAUGUCCUUUCAGCUCGUCUCCUUUCCCCGCGCCUCACCCCGAUGCCAUGCAAUGCUUUAAAGAGUU